AUGCAAGAUAGCUAUAGUCACAGUUUCGUUAAAAAAAUUUCACCUCAGAAUCUUUUUAGAUUUUCUAAAAUCUUCCAUUUUAUCAUUAAAAAUUUUUACGAAGCCAAGUUAAAUAUUUUUUGUAUUUAUAAAUUAAUUACAGAAAUUUUGGUUAUUGGCAGACUUGUCUCUCGUUGGAAUGUUCCAAUCGUUGCUCACAUGUCUGGAGACGAUGCACUUUCCGAUAGAAGCGUUUUUGACACUUUGAGUUCUGUAGCUCUCACCUCAGCAACAGAAAUGGCUCGUGCUACACUAACUUUUCUUCAACUUUAUGGAUGGAAACAAGUUGGCCUAGUUCGUUCAAAUGUCAACUUUGACCGGUUAUCUCUACAUUCCCUCAAAAAUUAUUUGAAAGAUGCCCAGAUUGAUAUCAACAUUGAAAUUGAAUUGGACCCUUAUAUGACUCCAGACGAGAUUAUUGCUACAGGGAGACUUAAAUUGCUUAGAAAUAGGGCUAGAAUUAUUAUUGUUGAAAUGGGUCUUGAUUUACACACUAACCGUGCUUUUAUGGUUGCGAUCCAUCGUACCCAAUUAAAGACAAAUGAAUUUGUCUAUAUAAUCCCUUGGCUAGCACAUAUGCAUGACCACUACCCUUGGGAAGCUAGCAACAUUGACAAACUCGAAACAAAAAUGGCUUUUGAUGAUACCAUAGUUAUUACUGCACAUGGCUACGACAAAAAAUUUAUUGAAGAUUUUGAAUUAAAAUUUUCUAAAGUGACUGGGGUAAUUAGCAGUCAUUAUGCUACACUUUCUUAUAUGUCACUUUAUGAUGCUUUAUAUUUGUACGGAUUAGCUCUUCGAGAUGCUUAUGAUGAAACAAAAAAUGACAGUAUUUAUGUAGAUGGAUCUUUUAUUUGGAAGAAAAUGACUGCACGUCAAUUCCUUGGUUCGACUGGCCAAGUUUUAAUGAACAAUAAAGCUGUCAGGGUGCCAAGUUAUGCUACUUAUUUAACAAAAAAUGGGACAAUGCGUAUUGUUGUUGAACUUGAAGCUAGAUUAGGUGAUAAAUUGAAAUGUGCAGUGUCUGACAAUGAUUGUUCUGAACAUGUGGCCCAUGAGGUUAACAGCAAUUUCUGGCAUAGCUAUGAUGGGCAUUUACCUACUGAUAUGCCAAAAUGUGGUUUUGAUGGAAGUAUUUGUGAUUAUACAAUGCUUUAUGUUGCUAUUGGAAUUGUGCUCUUCUUCCUUAGUAUGUCGAAUAUGAUAAGAUCUAUUCGACACUUAACCAUAUAUCUCCGGCCUUUUAUUACUUUCCAACUGCGCGUUCAUUCAUUAUUAAUGUACCCUACGAAGAAAGCAAAAGAUUUAAUAUUAGGUUUUCGCGGAUUAGGGUUUGUCACAAAAGAGAGAAUGCUUUAUGAUAUGACCUGGCGUAUACCGAGAGAACAAAUUCGUCUUUUGGAAGCUCGUGCUAGGACGAGCAGAAGUGGAGGUUCGAAAUCUUUUACAAGCGAUUCUUUUACUGGAAGUGUUGAAACUGAAGUGGCUAAUAGCCGUCUUAGUGCAAAACAGGCAAAUGCUAAUGGAGUGCGUUGUGCCUAUAAAAGAUUUAGACAAACAAGAAAUAUUAGUUUUAGUAAGGAGGAAUUGUCACGUCUGAAAGAGUUGAAAAUGAUUGAAUUUGAAAAUUUAAAUAAAUUUUAUGGAAUUUCCUUCAAUCAACAAAAUGAACUAAUAAUUUUAUGGAUUCUCUGUCAGAGAGGAAGCUUAGAGGAUAUGCUGUUUAAUGAAGAAUUAAAAAUUAGUCGGAAUUUUCAAGUUUCGUUUGCCAAAGAUGUUAUUAAGGGUCUCUUUUUUAUCCACACAUCAACUUUAAAAUAUCACGGCUUUCUUUGUCUACAAAAUUGUCUCGUAGAUUCUAACUGGAAUGUUAAAUUAACUAAUUUUGUGACGGAACAAAUAAUUGGAGAAAAGCUUCGACAUAAUGAAUUAAAAUAUAUGACGGAAUCUGUAAUAAGAGCACAGAAAAAACAAAUGCAUAAAAAGGAUCAAAAAGCGGAUGAAAGGGAAGAGAAGGAACGUAUAAAGAAAAGAAAGGAUGUUGAAAAUGAAAAACGGGAAAGAGACAGUACGGAGGACAGUCGUACAAUCUCUGACGAGGAAUUGGAGCAAUCCAAAAAAAUUUAUGAAAAAUCGCAUUUGAAAAAAUAUAUCCAACAAGCACCAGAAAUUAUCAGAGAAUUUAUUUCUUCAAAACAUUUACCUCAAGGCUCCCCGGCUUCUGAUAUGUAUAGUCUUGGAAUGGUUUUGUAUCAAAUUUUGUUUAAAUUGGAACCCUUUUAUGAGAGAAAUAUGCAACCCAAAAAAAUUAUGGAAAGAAUUUCUCUUUCAAGUGAAAAUGAUCAAAUUAUACGUCCGACAUUCCCCAAUCAACGCAAUAUAAGUAAUGAAGAGGGAUAUAAUCUUCAGUUGCUUUCGGCAAUAGAAGCCUGUUGGCUUGAAUUACCAGAAAUGCGUCCAAAUAUCAAAAGAAUGAAAACAAUGGUUAAUUCAAAUUUAAAAUCAACGGGGAGCGGGUCUUUAGUCGACCAAAUGAUGAAAAUGAUGGAAGAAUAUACGACAAAUUUGGAACAAUUAGUUAAGGAAAGAACUCAACAAUUGGAAGAAGCACAACAACAAGCUGAUCGCCUUCUUAAAAAUAUGCUUCCAACAUCUGUCGCUGAGGACUUGAAAGCAGGACGUCCAGUCCUUCCCCAAUACUAUUCCAAUACAACAGUCCUUUUCUCUGAUAUUCGAGGCUUUACCCGUAUAGCUAGUACAUCUACUCCUAUACAAGUUGUUAGCUUCUUGAAUGAUCUUUUCUCUGGUUUUGAUGCUAUAAUUGCUAAACAUGAUGCGUAUAAAGUUGAAACUAUUGGAGAUGCUUACAUGAUCGUUUCCGGUGUUCCCCGUGAAAAUGGAAAUGCCCAUGUCCAACACAUUGCUGAUAUUGGAUUAAAAAUGCGAUCGGUCAGAAUCGGGUUUCAUAGUGGGCCUGUCGCUGCGGGUGUUGUAGGUUUGGCAGCUCCACGCUAUUGCCUUUUUGGUGAUACUGUAAAUUUUGCUUCGCGAAUGGAAUCAAGUGGAGUUGCCAACAAAAUUCAGGUAAACUAA